AAAAUCAGCGAAAAUGAGAGAGUCUCGCAUCAUGUCAUCCUUGACGUAGUGAAAUUCAAAUUGCAAUAGCUUUACUUUAUUUUGGGAUGACAAAGGUUCGUCAGAACUAAUCGAUAAACGCAAAGGGGAACCAAAGACAAUUUCGAUAAUUGUGUUGUUGUAAACACAUGGACAAAUUGUAGUUCAAAUUUCGAAGAACUACAAUACUUGCAGUAAUAUUUAGGAAUAAAGAACUGUUUACGAAAAUCAAAUAUGACAAGUAAAUUAUGAUGUUCGUUCUUUGCACAUUCCCAUUUAGAAACAGAUGACAUAUAAAAUUAUACAAAACAGAAGCUAAGAAAUUUCCUAUGAAAACAAAUAACGGAAAAUAGAAAGAGAGGAAUCUUGAAUGGUGGAAUAUUUGAGGAAUGAUAAUAGCCAGAUUAAAUAACUUUGCAACUGUAAAUAAUUCCUAAACGCCUUCAUUAUAUUCAACUAAUUAAUAGUAAUAAAAAACAUGGUGAAUUUUAAACACAUAGUGAAUUGUUAAUAGUUUGUUUUUAUCAAAUAAACUCGUUAUCUGAUAACAGUCUCCUCCAAGUGUUAUUAAAGUUUUGAAGCCUCUGAGCAGAAGUGCUUAAAUUUGGUAGCACUUGUGCGUCGUAUAUGAAAACCGUUACAGAAAUGUUUCAUUCAAGUAGUGUAUGUGUAAAUUUUACAUGUGAAACUAAUAUGUGUACUUCGAUUUUAUCAGAGUUAAUUAUUAACACUUUACAAUCAAGUUGCGUCUAUUUGCUUCAUUAAAAUCCUUAAUAUGCGCAUUUUACGCUCUCAAUAUUUGAAAUUAAAGUCCGCACACAGCCUUGACGACACAACUGCAACAAAAACUACAACACUGACUGCAGUUCACGAUGAAACGCCAAUGCGACGUACGAGAAUGACAUCGAAGGCCAUACAAGAUGUAAAAUCCAUACAAACCGUUACUCAAGCUACACGUACUAGAUUGCGACACAACAGUGUAAUUACAAGUAAUGCCCAAAUAUUACAAGAUGCUUUAUUGUACGCUAAAAACAAUCUCAACAAGAUUUGUCCUAGCACACCGGUAGGACAAUCGCCUAUACAAAAGCGUCGUCAAACACUAGCUUGUGUUGAUGACGAUUUGCUAAAACAACAGAUUUUGGAUGCAUUAAAAAUUAAAUUAAUAAAUACACCGAUCGAUCAAUAUACGCGCAUCAAUGUGGUAGUACGGUUCUAUGACGAAGGCACGAUGUGGUAUACGCGUUUCUAUCGUAGCUAUGAGGAUGUGUUGUGGUUAAAAAUACCGCGCGGAGGUAAAACCGCCAAAACAAAAUGGCAUUUCAAAUGUGAGGUCUGUCAGAAAAAACUAUGCUCUUUCAGAACACUAAAAUCUCAUCUUAAUAUACAUAUGGGGUUUUUUCCAUAUCGCUGCGAAGAUUGCCCAAAUCAGUACCCUGCUAGAGGCACUUACGUGCGUCAUAGAAAGUCAAAACACUAAAGCAAGCUUUUAAAAUCAUUGAUUUAAGAUGACAAAACCUAUGCAUAGACAUGGUAGUCGUAAUGACGUAAUAGUGUUUAAUAAACAAUAAUUGAAUUGGUUGUUUUAGUUUUGGUUUUUAAGUAGAAAAAUGGUUUAACCCAGUGAAAAAUGUUGACCUUUAUACAAUAUUUUUUUUUAUUAAUAUUUACUAACGCAAAUUGUAAAAUUAAUGUAUAUAGUAAGAAAUAAAUAUAAACUCGUUGUUCACAUUUAUACA